CCUCAGCCUGGCGGCCCGGCCCCCAGACGGCCAUUUGUAGCUGUGCUGGAGGCUGCGUUCGGCAGGCGCUGCGAAGACGAGUGCAGGAGUGCGCCCCCGGACGCUGCAGCCCCUCGCCGCUGCGGUCACCUCGCUUCUCCGCGCCUCGGUUGGGACCCGGCCAGCCCGGGCGCCGCGCUGCCGCCCGGACCGGCCCUCCAGCAGCUCCCGGCGCCCGGGACCCCCGCCCGGCCGCUCGCCCGCAGCCCGCCGGCCGCACAAGUCCCCGGAGCCGGGCCUAGGGCGGGCGGCGGCUCGGCGUGGCCGGGCUGGGCUCGGCGGCGUCCCCAUGGCCGCGGCCGGCUGGCGGGACGGCUCCGGCCAAGAGAAGUACCGGCUCGUGGUGGUCGGCGGGGGCGGCGUGGGCAAGUCGGCGCUCACCAUCCAGUUCAUCCAGUCCUAUUUUGUAACGGAUUAUGAUCCAACCAUUGAGGAUUCCUACACAAAGCAGUGCGUGAUAGAUGACCGGGCAGCCCGGCUAGAUAUUCUGGAUACAGCGGGACAAGAGGAGUUUGGAGCUAUGAGAGAACAGUAUAUGAGAACUGGCGAGGGUUUCUUGUUGGUCUUUUCAGUCACAGAUAGAGGCAGUUUUGAAGAAAUCUAUAAGUUUCAAAGACAGAUUCUCAGAGUAAAGGAUCGUGAUGAGUUUCCAAUGAUUUUAAUUGGUAAUAAAGCAGAUCUGGAUCAUCAGAGACAGAUAACGCAGGAAGAAGGACAGCAGUUAGCACGACAACUUAAGGUAACAUACAUGGAGGCGUCAGCAAAGAUUAGGAUGAAUGUAGAUCAAGCUUUCCAUGAACUUGUCCGGGUUAUAAGGUUUUUCUAUCUUACAGGAAAUUUCAAGAGCAGGAAUGUCCUCCUUCACCAGAACCAACACGGAAAGAAAAAGACAAGAAAGGCUGCCACUGUGUCAUUUUCUAAGAAUCCCUUGAAUUUUAGCUACCAACUGCCAGGAAAAGCCCUCAUCUUCUCCUUCUCUCCUUACAGUUUACAUCAUGUUGGUACCUUUCUAGCCUUAGAUAAAUGAUCACCGUGGUAGCCUUAGACCAAGAAGCUGGCUAAUCCUUUCCAUGAAGCUGAUCCAAUGGUCAGUCAAGACAGAUUUAAAGGAAACACUAAGGCUGCUUCAAAGAUUAUCUGAUUCCUUUAAAAUGGAUAUCUAUAUACACAGACACAUUCUUUUUUUAAGGGCUUACUUUUAAUAGGGAUGGAUCAGUUUUGGAACCUAAGCUGUUUGCCAAGCUGAAGUCAUAGGUUGUGAAAUAACUUUUAACUUCUGGAAUCAUAUUGCCUACUGUUACUCUAAAUAGAAACAUAGGGAGUUUUAAAAAAAUGUGAAUUUUUGCCUAUCUCUAAAAAUUUUGAUGUCAACUUUAGUUAACCUUAAAUACACUGAAUUGAAUCCACAAAAGUGAGACAUCUCAGACCUUUACUGAUGCUAUAGCCUUUUGUUUUCCAGUGGCCAAAAUACCAAAAUGCCUACUGUAUUUAUAGGUUAAAAACUGCGUGUAAAGCCUUUACUAUUAUUCCUAAAGAUAAUAUUCUGUGUGGCCAAAUAUUUGGACUCAUUCUGGACUUAGGCAUUUUAGUGUUUUUGGUUUUUUAAUUUAACUCUUUUCACAGCCAUGUUGAGAGUAAAAAUAAAUAAUUUCUGUCUGUCUUCCUUUUCAAGUAUUUCUGGAUAAGGGAUUCAAAAAAACUAAAACUGUUUUUGUUUGUAAUAUAAAAUAUGGAAUUGAUCUUUCCAGGGUCAGAGAUGAUUAAUGUUUUGCUAUAUACUUUUAUACAUUAUUUUCUUAUCAAACUAGUUAACAAGUAUUUUUAUAUGUUUGUAAGCAAAUAUGCUUUCACAGCAUACCUUGUGUAUAUGUAAAGAUAAGUAUUUAAUUCUCACUUCACUUUUAGCUGACAAAGGAAAAAAAGUGAAAACUACAGAAACUGUGGUAGAACCUUACAUGCUGUUCUGGUCCUGGUUGUACCCACCUUUGGCCAGUCACAUAGCUACUCAAGAAACCUUCCCAAUAGAGUACAACAGGAUGAGAAUCUGAAAUCACUUCCGAUAUCCCCUACUAGAUAUUGACUGCUAUAUCAAGUAGUAAAUGGUAAAACUUUUAAUUGACAAUUAGUAUAACUGUGGGUGACUUCUGAUUUUGUUUUUAAUUCUGUGGAUUGUGUUUAAACAAUUCAAAAGUAUGUUCCUGAUUUUGAGAUACUAAGUGGUAUUGCACAGUUGUCACUUUAUUGAAUGUGUACAACAGUUCCAUGAAGAUUAUAAAGCAUACCCUUGUAUAGCUUCAGGUGCUAGAAUUAAAAUCGAUCUGUUAUCACAA